AAUUCCCGAUGAACUCAUGUUGAUGAUUGAAGAAAUGCUCAAAGCAAUUACAAACGAACAGAAAAAUCCUUCUUCGAAUACUACAAGUGAAUCAUCAUCAACGGCAAAAAAUCCAACAAAUAAAAAUGAAAAUCGUCCAAAACUGAUACUCAAUAUUCAUGAUUUUAGUGGAAAUCUUUUAUAUCUAUUUAUUAAUCAAUUUUUCUUUACAAGUUGUGCUGUUUAUCUAUUUGUUUUCAAUUUAUCCGAUGAUAUUGAAACAACAACAUUAUCUAAAUAUGAAAAUAUUUCCUGUAUUAGUGAAUUUGGAAAUCAAUCAUUAAACAUUCUACAUUCCAUUCAUCUAUGGAUAUCGCUAAUUCAUUCAACGAUAGCCGGAUUCCCGAUUCCGAUUGAAGUAUCACCAUCGCCACCGCCAUCUCAAUCAUCUUCGGCAGCAGCCGCAACAACAACAUUGACCGCUGUCGAUGAAAAUGGUGAACAACAACAACAAGAAGAACCAACAUCCGAAUCACCGAAAAAUGAUGAAAACUCCACACAAACACAGAAUAAUAGUGGUGGUAGAGAAUCAAAAACAUUCGAAUUACUUCAACCACAAAUAUUGCUGGUCGGUACACAUCGUAAUUCGAUACAUGCUGAACCGAUUACCCGUAAUCAAAUUGUAAAAGAAAUUUUCGAUAAAAUACGUUCAUCAUUUGCGGAUAAAAGCUAUUCGGGACAUUUGUUUGAAAAACAUAUUGCAUUGGAUUGUAAAGAAAUGUCAUUUGAUGAACCAGAAUUGAUUGAAAAUCUUCGCCAUCUGAUUGAAACAUUAAUUUUUGAUGAGAAAAAAGCCGGAUUUUCAAUACCACUUUGUUGGAUACAGCUAGAACAAAUAUUGGAAAAAUUUAAACAACGUGGUAUUUAUUUUGUUGAUGUUUAUCAACUACAUGAAGUUGUUUCAUCACAAAUCGAUAUGUUUCAAUCAUAUGAAAAUCUUAACUCCGCUUUAUAUUUCUAUCAUAAUCAAGGGAAAAUAUUCUAUUUAGAUUGUAUUAAUAAUCAAAAUGCAUUUGCAUCGGCUAAUGAUCGUCAUGGUUCAUAUGAACUAGGAAUUAUUAUUCUCGAUCCAAAUUGGUUUAUUCGUUGUAUUUAUGAUCUUUGUUCAUAUUUAUGUUCAAUGAAAAAUAAUGGUGCUGGUGAUGAUGAUGAUGAUAAUCUUUUUCUUGGUAUUAUUAGUGAAAAUGCCAUCAAUAAUGCCUGGUCAAAUAUUAUUGAUCAAAAAUUCAUUCUGCUUGGUUGUUUGGAAAAUCUUGAUCUAAUUUGUGAAAUUAAUCCAUAUUUACCGAUGGAAGAUGUACCAGAUAUUUCGGCUACAGCAACUGUACCGAAAUUAUAUUUUUUUCCUUGGAUUACAAAACCAUUGAUCAAUAAUAAUGAUACUACGGCUUCAGAAUUUGUAAAUUCUACCGAUGAAGCUGGUGAUAGUGGUGGUGGUGGUCAAAAUACGGAUAAUCAAACUAAUGAUAGUAGAUCCGAAUCACCAUGUGAUGAAUCAACAACAACAGCAACAACAAUAAAUAAUAAUUCAAUGAUAAAUGGUCAUCCAAGUCCAGAUCCAAAUGAUGAAUGUUUAGGUGGAAAUGCUAAUACCACUAUUGGUGGAUCAACAUUUCAAUUUAUUAUUGAAUUUAAUAUUUUACCAAUUAGCCUAUUCACUCGUUUAUUAGUACGUUUAUCCAAAUGGUCAUGGAAUCAAGGUUGGGGCCGUAAACCAGAAAUGUUCAAUUCCAAAGGCCGAAUAGCUGUUGAAUUUGAUCAUGAUAUUAUACUCAAGAUUAAUCUAUUUCAACAUCGUAUUUAUUUGAUUAUUGUUAAGAUUUUUGAAGAAAUACCAAAUGAUCAAAUUGAAAAUUUAUUCAUCGGUCCAGCUGCAAAUGUUUGUGUUAAAGUACAACAUUUAAUUGAAAAUGAAUUAGCAUCAUUGAAAAAUUCCUAUUAUCGACGUUUGUCAUUUAAUCUUGUUAUACCAUGUCCAUGUGAUGUUAUUUGUGAAAAACAUUCAAUCGAAGGCUGUUUGGAUGAAUCCUGUCUGCAUUUUCUUAGUUUACAUGAAUGUUUACAGAAAAAAGUUGUUGAAUGUAGAUUUAAUCGUCAGGUUCGUACUACAUUCAUUCAUCGUUUCCUUCCAUAUACGCCAAUCAAUUUGAAUAAUGAUAUUUCCUAUGAUAAUACAAUGCUUAUGCCAACCACAAACAAUACAAAUGUAUGGGAAAAUGUUUUCCAAGUUGAACAAUUAUGGAUGCGUGAAGCAGCAAAAUUAUUGAAUGUUAAUGGGAAAAAAUCACAUCAUCAUCAUAUUGUUGGCCACCACAAUAACAAUCUUCAGCAAUCAUCAUCAUCAUCAUCAUCAACAACAAAUGAUUGGAUGGCAUUAGCAAAACGUUUAAGCUAUACUGAACGUGAUAUUAUGAAAUUUAAUUCAGAAUUAUCACCAUCAUUAGCAUUAUUGAAUGAUUGGUAUGAAUCAAAUGGUCGUACCCGAUAUUGUAUUGAUGUUCUUGUUUCAUGUCUGCGUAUGUUACGACGUGAAGAUAUUGCAUCAUUAAUUGAAUAUGAAUUAGAACCUGAAUCAUCAUCACCACCAAUAUUUCUUAGUUAUCAACAUGAUUCACAGAAACAAGUUCUUGGUAAAUAUGUAUCAUCAUCAAUGUGUAAUCGUGAAGUAGCAUUAGCUGAUGUUUUACAUAAACCAAUAUUACCAUUAAUUAUUGAAUUUACACCAUGGCCACCACCAGGUGCAAUGGCAUUAAUAAUGUCAUCAAUUGUUUAUGUUGAUUUAUGUGGUGUUGGUAGUCAUCAUGGUACUGGUCGUACACAAGAUACUGAAACACGUUUUCGUGAAAUUGGUCAUCAUCAUAAUCAUCAUCAACAUCAAAGUCUAAUAAGACGUAUACAAUCAUCAACAUCAUCAAUGAUAUUACGACGAAAUAAUUCACAUGAAUCACAAAUAUCACCAAUUUUAAUGGAAAGUGAUAUUGAACAUUUAAUUAAUGGUGGGGAUGGUGGUGGUGGUGCGGGUGCGGGUGGUGGUAAUAAUAUUAGCGAACAAAAUACACGUCGUAAUUCAAAUAUUGGUAAUGAUAAUGUUGAUGAUCAUCAUCAACAAUCAUCAUCAAGAAAUAAUAGUCAACAAUUGACAAGAGAUGAAUUACCAUUUACUGAACAAAUAAUAACCGAUGAUAAUAUAUCGGUUAUAACACGUGCACGUAUUGCAAAUCGUAUUACAAAUUGUUCUGUUUGUUUAAUUAUUUAAUUUUAUAAUUUUAUAAUUUCAUAAUUUAUAAUUUGUUUUUUUAAAUUAAAAAAAAUUCCAAAUAAAAUUCAAUUUUAUAACCGAUAGAUGUCAGAUGGUGUC